AUGAAACUAGUUGAAAAGGUGUCGUCCGAUGAGCGAUCCACUGUUCAGAAUAAUGAUAAAGGGCCCUACACCUGCGCAUUUACUAUUAGUAAUAUUAUUAUAGCACUUUUAUGUUGUGUAUGUUUUUGUAAUGUUUUUGUAGUUGUAGUGGCCUGUUCCUGUUGUCUGUUGCAUGUGCUGGUCUGUGCCACUGACGGGGUAGUGGUGACGUGGUUGUAUGUUACAGUCAAGUACCUGCGCGAAGUGCGACCCUACUUCCGGAAGGCGUCGAUCAUCUCGGAGGUGGGCUGGGAGCUGCAGCGCGGAUUCCUGUCGCAGGCACCCCCCAGUCCGGGCCCUAGUCCGCCACGCGCCGACACGCGCUAUCUGCCGCUGCAGCUCUGUCACCUGGCCAGGAAUCUCGCUCAUCUCGAUCCUGAGAACCGAACGAUAGAGCUGCACUCUCCGGACGGCGUGCACAGUUGCGUGCUGCGAGCAGCUGACCCGACAGAGGCGGGCGUCUGGUUCAACACACUGCACUCUGCGCUGCAUGCACUUGCUGCACGCGCACUCCUGCACGCCAAUCGCCUGCUCGCCGCGCUCCUCGGCCAACUCCAGCACAUUGGCUGGCUGGCCCGGCGGCCACACAUCGAGAAUGGCAGAGCGAGUUCGGAGAGCAGCGAGGAGUUGGAGAGGUGGCAGCCGGUGUUUGGAGCCAUCACGCAGCGCGAACUCAGGCUGUACGAGUCGGCGCCCUGGAGUCCCGAGGCCUGGACCACGCCUCUCGAAGUCUGUCCCCUCAUCUCAACCAGACUGGUGAGCUCGAGCCGGCAGACGGACGUGAUUGUGUUCAGCGUGCGUUGCGGGACGGGCGAGGGUGUGGUCACGCACCAGCUGCGAGCCGAGACGCACCGAGACCUUGCCAACUGGGCACGCAUGCUCGUGCAAGGAUGUCACAACAGCGUGCAGCUGCAACAGCAACUCGCCUGUAGAUGUUCAUGGAAAGGCCAACCAUGUCAACUAGUAUUAAAUUAUGAGGAUGGAUUCACAUUGUAUGAAGCGGCGCCAAGUGGAAUGAGUCGCAAUGAAUCGAAAAAGCUGUGGAGUUUUCCCUUUGAAAGGCUGAAAACGUCGGCUGAUGACGGCCAACGCUUGUUGUGGCUUGAUUUUGGAGGAGACGAAAGUGAUAUUGAACUGGAUAUGGAAUGCUGCCCAAAACCCAUAGUUUUCAUUCUUCAUAAUUUCCUUUCUGCAAAGAUUCAUAGAUUAGAGUCACAAAUAUGUUGUGCGUCGGAAAUAACGAACGUGAACAAAAGCAGUUCACAGCUGUGACGUGUUGAGAUGCCGAUCGACGCCUCCGCCUCCGCCUCAAGUCAAUUACUAGGUGGCUACUAGCAGCGCCACCUCAUUCUGGUAGCCAAUCACCAGGAGACUACUAGCAGAUUAUCAGGUUAUAGUACGAUGAAGGUGUUCUUCCGUUCAAAAGUACGAUAAGUGAUUAUACAUUUUGUAUUUUGAAUUCAUUCCUAUGUAAGAUAUACCAUGUAAGAUACUUUACAAUCUGACUCAUUGAAGUUCAAAUAACUGUUGCUUUUAAAAAACAUGUAUGUAUCUUCCCAACAUUCCUCAAAGAUGUGAUUUUUAUGCAGAAGAUUUUGUAUUUUUUCAAAUGAGUUGAAUGCAAUAUUGUCACAAACAUUCGCUUCAGUGGAUACUUGUUUCAUAACUAAUGUAACUUUAAAUUCUUAAAUUCAAUUUUAUUGGAUGGGAACAUCAUGAUUGAUGAUGCAAGCCUUCAGUUCUCUAACCUUUUCAAGUUCUUCUUCUUUGACAAAAAGAGUAAGAAAUUAAUUCAAAUU